AUGAGGCAGUGUAAUUUCUCUCUGUGGCUUGAUCUGAGGGGAAUGCUGCUCUGUAUUUUCACUUUUCUCCUGGUAGUGUAUUUUCUGAUCAAAAAGGAUCCACCUAACUUUCCCCCGGGACCACCAGCUCUCCCUUUUUUAGGAAACGUCUUCAGCAUUGAACCUAAACAGCCUCACAUUUACCUGACCAAGCUAGCUGAUGUUUAUGGGAAUGUGUUCUGCAUACGUCUGGGCAGACACAAAACAGUGUUUGUGUCUGGGUGGAAGAUGGUGAAGGAAGCCAUAGUGACACAGGCUGACAACUUUGUGAAUCGACCUUACAGCCCGAUGGUGAACAGAAUUUACUCAGGGAACUCUGCGGGUCUCUUCUUUAGCAAUGGGAAGGUGUGGAGGAGACAGCGGCGUUUUACCAUGGCCAUGUUACGUACCUUUGGUCUGGCCAAGAGCUCCAUGGAGCAGAGCAUAUGCGAAGAGAGCCGACAUCUGCAGGAGGCGAUGGAGGAGGAGAAAGGCGAGCCAUUUGACCCUGUGCCCUUCUUAAACAACGCUGUGGCCAACAUCAUUUGCCAGAUCGUGUUCGGGAGACGGUUUAACUACGGUGAUCACAACUUCCAGAGCAUGCUGAAGAAUCUGACUGAGAUGGCCUAUUUGGAAGGCUCCAUAUGGGCUCUACUAUAUGAUGCGUUCCCAGCACUGAUGAAACACCUGCCAGGGCCUCACAAUGGCAUCUUCAGCAACUCCAAAUCUUUGGAGGCAUCAAUCCGGAGAGAGAUAGAGAGGCACAAGUUGGAUCUGGACCCCAGCAACCCACGAGAUUACAUCGACACCUUCCUGAUAGAAGAGAAACAGAACAGAUGCCGUGAACAGGGCUUUGAGGAAGGAAACCUGGUUCUGUGUUGUCUGGAUCUGUUCCUGGCUGGCAGUGAAACCACUUCCAAGACUCUGCAAUGGGGCCUCAUCUACCUCAUCAAGAACCCUCAUAUCCAAGACAAAGUCCAGGCAGAGAUAGACAGAGUCAUCGGACAGGCCCGGCAGCCCACUAUGGCCGACAGACCCAACCUGCCCUACAGUGAUGCCGUCAUCCAUGAGAUCCAGAGGAUGGGAAACAUUGUUCCUCUCAAUGGAUUCAGAAUGGCUGCUAAAGACACGACACUGGGUGGUUACUUCAUACCAAAGGGAACCUCUGUGAUGCCAAACCUGACCUCCGUGCUGUUUGACAAGAAUGAAUGGGAGACUCCAGACACCUUCAACCCCGGACACUUCCUAAAUGCUGAUGGAAAGUUUGUGAGGAGGGAUGCAUUUAUACCUUUCUCUGCAGGAAAGCGUGCAUGUCUGGGAGAAGGCCUGGCGAGAAUGGAGCUGUUCUUGUUUUUCGUCAGUUUGUUUCAGAAGUAUUGUUUUUCCACCCUGGAUGGAGUUGAGCUGAGUACAGAAGCAAUCAUUGGAGCCACGCGCACACCGUACCCCUUCAAGAUCUACGCCAGGGCCCGCUGA